GGAGGCAAGGCAACUGCCUGGUCGACUCCGCUCGCUCGCGCAGGACGAAGGAGAGAGGAAGAGCGAGAACAGGGGGGAGAAAAGAAUGAGGAACGGAGACGGCGAGAGGCGCGGCAGGAGAGAGCAGGGACAACACCGACCGAAGGGAGAUGGUGUACACGAUGUGUAGGGAACGCUGCGCGCUUAGGGGUGGGGACGCCAAAAUCGUGCGGCAGGGAUCUCCGCAUGCGGGAAGGCAGACUCUGGUGGUCAAUCGGGCGCCGCGCACCGCAGCAGCGACGCGUCACUGCACCCCUGUUUUGGGAGUCGGGCACGUGCUUCUUUCCUCUCCACCGACGCCGCGCGUUCAACUGCAUUCCGGUUGCCUCGCAGGCAGCUCAUCCGCAGCCAGCCAGGCGCGAUAAACGCCGAUAAACCGCGCACGAGAGAAGCCGCGCAACCGUGCCGCGGAAGACACCGGCCGCGAAGACGACUCUCCUGUGCGCUGGAUACUGUCUAGCACCCUUGCAUCCUUUCGCAGUACGGCGUUGAUUGAAACGACGACGAUUAUCAAUCGCUGCACCCUCUCGCUUUCUCUCUCUCUCUCCCUCUCUCUCUCUCUCUCUUGGAACAUCCCUCCGCGUGUCGCGCCAAAUGUCGCAAGUUGACGACUGUAAUCAGCGUUAAUCGCCAAACAGUGUGAAUUCCCCGACGUUGCGAGAUUCGAUGGACUCUCGUUAAGCUGUGCGAUUGUAGUGUGUCAGUGAGAUCGAGCAGAGUUGAGCCGCAGCUUACUCAUUCGUCGACAUUCCCGCCGCCGAUUCCUUCGUCUCUCUCACUCUCUCGAGUUCUCGUCACCGGCGUUAACCGAGGAGCGUGGAAGCUCCGAUCAACGGAAGCCGCGCCGAGAAAGUGCUGUGAACGGAGCAACGCCGUCGCGGAUUGUGCUUUCAGCUGGUGGCUGGAUCCGGCCUGACCACGGCCAUUCUCGACACGCACUGUGUUAGCGUGGCCGGAGGUGGCGGCGGUGGAGACGGCGGCGGCGGCGGCAGCGGCGGCGGAGGCGGCAGUGGCGGCGGUCGGCUGAGCCUGCACCUUCGUCCUUGCGGAGGUAGCGGUGGCGGCGGCAUCGCCGAAAGUGACAGCGCUCCGGAAUACCCGCCGAGCGCUGCAGCAGUGCGGAGCAGGGAGGCGGCGGCGGCGGCGCUGCACGCGGCAAGGACCCUGUUGGGCGCGGGGGUGGCUAACCCUUGCUCGCCCACCCCCGAGCCGCCCUUUUGGAAGAUGCCGCAUAAAGAGGAGGACUUGAUGCACGGGGGCGCGGGUAUUGGCGGGGGUUCUAUGGUCGGACAGAACUCAAUAUUUGGAUGCUCGGCUGCAGGACACAGCGGGGUUAACCAGCUCGGUGGCGUUUACGUCAACGGCCGACCGCUGCCGGACUCCACGAGGCAGAAGAUCGUCGAGCUGGCCCAUAGCGGGGCCAGACCGUGCGACAUAUCGCGCAUACUGCAGGUCAGCAACGGAUGCGUCUCCAAGAUCCUCGGCAGGUAUUACGAGACUGGCUCGAUCAAGCCGCGGGCGAUCGGUGGUAGCAAGCCACGAGUGGCGACAACGCCUGUGGUCAACAAAAUCGCCGACUACAAACGAGAAUGUCCCUCGAUCUUCGCCUGGGAGAUUCGCGAUCGACUUUUGCAAGAGGGCGUUUGCAAUAACGACAAUAUACCCAGCGUGUCGUCCAUUAACAGGGUACUCAGGAACCUGGCCUCGCAGAAGGAGCAACAGGCGGCCGCGGUGCAAGCGCAUCAGGGUGCCGAGAGCGUCUACGACAAGCUGAGAAUGUUUAACGGGCAGGCAGCAGGCUGGCCACCAGCGUGGUAUUCGGCGACACCUCCCCAUCAUCCCCUGGCCACGGGAAUUCCAACCGCGGCGACUCCUGGAUCCGGUCAGACUCUUCUGCCCGGUAGUCAGCUUCACGGGCGUGACGAUUCUUUAUUGAAGCGAAGCGACACUGGGUCUCUAUUGUCGCAUCAGCAAGAGACAACUUCGGACGGUAAUUCGGAGCACAACUCCUCUGGCGACGAGGACUCGCAAGUGCGGCUAAGGCUGAAGAGGAAAUUGCAGCGCAAUCGAACUUCCUUCUCUAACGAGCAGAUAGACAGUCUUGAGAAAGAAUUCGAGCGGACACAUUACCCGGACGUGUUUGCACGGGAGCGUCUCGCCGAGAAGAUCGGAUUACCUGAGGCACGUAUCCAGGUGUGGUUCAGUAAUCGCAGGGCGAAGUGGCGUCGAGAGGAGAAAUUACGGAACCAGAGGAGGGCCGCCGUCGAUCAGGUGGUCGCCGGUGGCAGCGGCGGGGGUAGCGGCGCCGCGCCUCCCGCGGCCACCCCUGCCACGCCACGACUGCCCUUAAACGCCGGAUUCAACGCCAUGUACUCGUCGAUACCGCAACCGAUCGCCACCAUGCCUGAUACAUACAGCUCGAUGUCAAGCAGCCUGGGAGGGUCAAUGGGUGGAAGCUGUCUUCAGCAACGCGCCGAGGGCUACCCGGCGUACGUGUUUCACGAGCCUCUUCACUCGCUCACGCAGUCUUACUCGCACGCGCACAGCGCGGCCGCGGCCGCGCACUCGCAACCGCAUCGCGGCAUCCCGUCUCACGGUGGCACCCCCACGACGCCAGGGGGACAACCCGCCGGACCAGGUGGAGCACCUUACCAGCCGACGACCUCGACCGCAACCGGAGUGAUAUCAGCCGGCGUCUCGGUGCCAGUGCAGAUUCCCUCGCAGACCCCGGACCUGGCGGGCAACUAUUGGCCGAGGCUCCAGUGAUCCCAGCUCUUCGGGUUCCCGCCCGCGAGCUUGCUCGUAGGCCAGGAGAGCCCGCCGCCGCCGAGCGCCACCCCGGGCGCGGUGCCACGACCGCUCCUCGCCUCCCUCGGGAUUCCGACGCAGUCGACGCAGCAUCAGGCCCCCAGCACACCGGCGACUACCCCGGUGCACAACUCCGACACCAGUGAGUGAAACGACUGAAUUUCCGUGAUUCCGUGCACCGUCGCGCAAGAGUGAUCUCCUGUCCCGAGACAGGGCGCGGUGUUUCCUCGCGCUUGGUUGCCGACGGUGACAAUCGCCACCGUCGCGAUAUGUCGUCUGACGACGGACGCGAAGAGAGACGCUACAAGGAAAGCUCGCCCUUUCGAUAGUUCGCGUGACAGCGUGGCGCCGAUCGCAUCGAAGACGCGCAGUUAGUGUUGGUUGUGCGUGGAAUGAACACAGCUCCGAAUGAUGACACGAGUGUCGGAAAUUUUUCUUCAGUCUUGUAAGUUGAAGAAUUUCGUUUCUUUUUUUCCUGAUUUUUUUUUAUUUUUUAUUUUUGCGUACACUUAUUUAUUAACGAACGUUCUCUAUUCAUAAAUGCAAGCUGACACAAAGGCCGAACAGGCUUUUUAUCGUACAGAGCAUGAUAAAUGACGUUGCAAUUGCUUUAUAGUGUUCCGAUUGAUCGGGCAAUAUUUAAUUGUUCGUAGAGUUAAUAUCAUUAAUCGUGUAAUUUCCUCGCAUGCUGAAUUAAUAACUCGCGUCCUCGAAUGUCGUUUACGACCGUCAAUUUUCUGAAUGGCAAUACCUAUCUACGAAACUAUUCGAUUAGGAUUAGAAGAUAGGAUAGGUUUUCCCUCCAUUCCUCCCACCCCUCCCCCUCCCCUUUUUGAACAAUUUGUAAAUUUGCCGACGCCCGCAUUGGCGAUCGUAAUGGAGCAGCAGCUCGUCGCAAUUAAAUCCUCUUUGAAAUUGAACGAAAAGAUUUUUUACCAACGCAAUCUGAUUACACAGAGCGGAAUUUUUAGGCGGCGCAAUAAGUUUUAUAAUUCAAGCUGGAACCAAUAGACUUUUACUCAUCUUCCACUUCGUGUCUGAUCUAGAUUUCGUAGAUGUAUACGCAUGACUCCGGGUCACGCAGGGUAAUUACCUAUUCACGAUAGUGUGUGUAAAUGAUUUACGUUACGCUACCGUCGUUAUCACGUCGAGGAUUUUUGCGUGAAGAACCACUAGUCGUGUUGGUAUAAAAACAAAAUUUCCUUAAGAUAUUCACUACGCGAUUUGAAAAUGAUGUCUCGCACCUGCCGACAUAGCUGCAUAAGAAUCUUUUAACAAACAGCAUCGUACAAACGUGUGCUCAGGAAAAUUAUUUUUCACUUCGUCCAACGUGCGCGAAUUCUCCCUUUUAGUUAUCCGAAGUCGAUCGAUGUCAAGAGCAUUCAUUAAAUUUACAGCGGCUCUCGUUUUUCGGUAUUGGGGAGCUUUAUUACCGGAUUUAUUGGAUAGCGCCGGGCGCAUAUUGUUUGCCGCACGUUGUAUCGGUUUCCGGCAAAUAUUUUCCUUCGUGUAAGGGCGGCCGCGAACCGCGUGGAAAUUGAAAGGGAGCCGCAGACACGUAGGCGGCUCCCGCCGAAAUAUAUUCUCGCGAGAGUUUAGGGUGGCAGUCUCCCGAUGAGGCUGAUUUCGUUGCGGGAGGGAACGGUUUUGCGGGGGUUGAUAGCUAUGCCUGGAGGGCGGCUUUUUUCAGCGAGGCCGGCCAUCGUGUCUGUUGGCAGAUAUGGCGUCGGAAGACACCGCUCUCGAAAGGAUGUUGCGGCCCCAGUCCACGUCCGUUUGCGAACGGUGUGUAUCGAUCGGCAACUCAUUUUCGCGGAAAAAAUAUCCCAGAGAUAUGUAAAGGAAAUAAUUUUUUAAUUAUAUAUUUAUAUUUAUUUAUAAUAUAUUUUAUAUUUUCUAUUUAUUCUUUUGAAAAAAAUUUUGCAAUACUUUUUUUACAUUUCUGCUGUUGUUUAUUUGUUUGUUGUACUUGAUAUACAAAUAUUGUUAUUGUAUUAUUAUUAAUGCGAGUGGUUCUUCACGCGUGGGUUCGUCGCGCUUUGCAAAUGCAACCGGACACGCAAUAAAGAUCGGCGCGUGUAUUUCGCAUUACGCUAGAUUUAAACCUCAUCGAGAUCAGUGUGCAAGAUUUAUCGAGAAUAGCAAUAUUACAGUUUCAGAUCCCCUUUAACGUAGUAACGCGAAUAGCACUUUUUUAAAUUUCGCGUAAGCUAUUUAACACAUUGUUACGAGCAAUGAACAGCAGAUGCGGAAAAUGUUCGAUUUGAAACUCUCUCCUCAUUUACGCGUAUCUCCACACAACCGUUCAUUCCGGUCCAAGAUACUACACGAUUCUAGAUUAAGACAAUCCAAUCCGUAGCUUGUACCAUUCGUUAUUACCAUAAUGAAGGCACAGUGACAGUAUGAGGUCGUGAGGAAUAAACCGACGUAAUCAUAGGAAAGAUUUCGUAAGUGUCACAGUAAUGCCCGAAGGAGGCAAGUAGCAUUGGACGUUUCCGUCGGGUAUUUAUUGCUAUUAAUGUAAACGUAUCGCUGAGCUAAUGGACCGAGGAGGCGGAUUCGUCCUUCUAAGCGAAUCGCGAAUAUUGGUGCUCGCAAUAACGAGAAAUCUUAUUGGCAUCGAACUCGUUAAUCGUCGCCGCACACACGAUCGAAGCACAUUCUUUCGAUUAUGCUGUAUAAAGAUAAUUGUAAGAUAGCAUUUGUUACUCUCUUUAAACCAGUACUGUAAAUUAGAAAUAAUUAUCACUGUAUAUAUACGUAAAUAAGUUAGACGAAUUCUCCAGUUACGUUCGAACGUAUCCACCUUAUAAACUACGCAACAUCUUAUCCGUGUAUUCAAUGUUUUCCCCUCACCGAAAUGAUGACUCCGUUACUUAAACCGUGCAGCAGCAGAACUUCAAUAAAAUCAAAUGAUCUGAGCCUACAUUUAUUCACCUAUCAUUUCACGAAACGCGCCGAACGCGCAAGCUUUUCGUUCGAAGACGAGUUUUGGAACGGAUAGGCAAACACGUGUAAAAUUAAUCACCAACAAGAAUACGAGAAAAUACAGGGAUUUUGCAUAAUAAUUUUAUGCGUAUUAUUUAAAAGGGUAAUCCCGCGAAUAUAAGGCGAUUGUGUUUAUUGUUAUUUUAAAGCUACUAUCUUUUUACCAGCGAUACGUUAUCGCUUUGCAUUGCGGAACUUUUACAAUAACAAUUUCAGCAAUCGUAAAGAUAAAAAAUUUUCGCGAGUCUAUUAUUCAUGAAACAUAAUGUAACUUUGAAAAAAAAAAAAAAAAAUCG